AUGCUACUGCGCUUUCUGUUGUGUGCUUUGAAUUUGUUUCUAAGUGUACCCUCUGUGUGUGGGACGGCUGAAGUUACUCUUUCUUCCAAGCCUUCUCCUCGUGAAUGCACUCCUCCUGCUUCUGCUGAUGAUGCUGCUGCAGGGUGUGCUCCUUCUGCUGCUCGUGUUGAUGUUCCUGAGACAGAGGAGUGCACUGUGAAGGCUGGUAAACCUGAAUGCAGUGACACUGCCAAAAAAGUACAAAAGAAUCAGCUUCCUGAAGAUCGUCGGACAAAUGAUUGCACUACCACGGAUGAUGAAGCUGAAUGCACUAAAACUGUAAAAGAAGUAACAGACGAGCAGAUUUCUGGUGUACGUGUGUCACACGGUGAUGUAUUGCAUAACAGCGUUUCGGAGCUCGAGAGAGGAAGAGGAAGAACAGAAACUCAUGUGACUGAACAAACAGUUGAUCUCAAGGGCACAAAGACUGAGGCAGUCAAGAGAGAGGCAACACCAACACCACCACCACCGGGUAAUGGUAGCCAUAGGGACAGUACCAGCGAAAGAACUGAAUUGCCGGCCCAUUCACAACCAGCCGGUCAACAAAGUAACCUUGGUACUGCACAGUCGCAACAGAAC